AUGAUUGACCUAAGCAAGGCGGUUGAAGCGUUCAAACAUAGAAAGGACCUCGAAACUCCCGAACCACUUUGUACGACUCCUGGGACCUAUCACUCGAAAUCACCGGCACCUCGCCUCGCCGAUGGUAACUUCUGGGUAGCCAACUCUAGUUAUCUCAAUUCCAGGAUGAAUCUCAAUCAUGGGUCGGACGCACAAACUGAGGUUACCGGAUUUUGGAGGAUUGCGACUUCAAUCAAUACGAUUCUCCACCUAAUUCGAGCGCGAGAAUCUGAUAAUAUUCCAAUGGUAUCGCAAUGCACAGAAGAUUACCUGUCCGGUGUGUUGAAAAAACUAAUUCUUUGGCGAAAUGGACCUGGUAAUAGAAAUAUCGAGCAAGUGGGAAGAGCAUUCAUGAAGAUGGCAAUUUCGAUGCAAAUUUUUCUUCAAUAUCCCAAAGCAAAAGUGAGAAAACUUGAGAGGUCCCUUUCGAAAAUAAUUCAAUCCACAAAUAUAGAACAACUUGCUGUGAUUCUUGAACGUGUAUGUACACUAGAAACACCCAAGGAAUUUAAAGGCAUUCCAUAUAUCUUGGGAGCCUGUUAUCUUUCAGGAAAGAUGGCACCUACUUUGACAUUAGCCAGAAGGUUGGGUCUUGGCUCUAUCAACGAAAUCACCAAUGUAGAUUGGCUCGCAUAUUGUUCAAACUUACAUCUCGAGGAACAGCCUGACGCGCAGAAAGCCUCAGACUUGAAUGCUUUAGAAACUAGCUUGAAAUAUCGGUUUCAUAACAAGACUUUGUUACAAAAGGUACUCUGGCCGGACCCAGCGGAACGCACAUUUCGAAAAUUAGAAUGGAUUGGGGAUUGUCUCCUGGGAUUGUGGUCUGCUGAAAGACUCGCAGAAAUGGGUACCGAAACACAAAAGAAGAAAGGUCUAGGAUUGGCUUUUAUAGAGUUGAAUUGUAAUACUACUUUGGCUGCAUGGGCAGAUAGAUGGCUUCACCCUCACAAACAACUUGUGAAGCCAAAGAUAGGUACCGGCGACAAAGUAUGCAAAGCUUCUGCUAACAUGGUAGAGUGCUUGGUUUUUGUCUUGUUUAUUGACUGUGGAUCUGUUUUUGGUCCAGAGUCCACAUUCUACCAGGUACUAGACAGAUGGUUCUAUAAUGACAAAGAAAGAAACACAGUUUCUCAGGAACACUUCACAAAUGUUUCCGACGCUUAG